UGCAGCCGAACAGCCUUGUCGCGACUUGGUUGUAGACGACGAUCACUCUCUGCAAUAAUAUACUUAUUUAGCUAUAUACCAGCUCAUCCCCGCUGCGGAGGUAUACCCCAACCAGCAUUAUUUCGACUAUACCCUCCUGCUACAUUCUAUAGCCUCUCGUGUCCUCAUGUUCUUCAUGUCACGCAUGCCUAAUAGAUCCCAACUUCCAACUUCUUCCACAAACCCGUAAAACCUUAAUACGAUCGUCACUAUCCGACAACUAAUAUCAAUAUCGCCAAAACAUACAACGAGAUUCUUUUGGCAAACUGUCGCUCCUUUGCUCUUCGACGCCCAUCUCUAUAAGCCCAAGCCGAUCGCACUUUUCACGAUCCCACGACUACGUCGAUCAGAAGCACCCAUGAGCGCCGCGUGUAUACAACGUCCCAAAAUGGGUUCUUCACAACCGCCCGACGGCAAUGCGCCGUUUGGUUAUCAUAUUUCUGAUCCCGAUUUUCUAUUUUUGAGAGCUCCUACACCACCACCGGGAGAUCCGUUGUUAAGCCAAGACGAUUCUAGACUACUAAAUAUAUUCUUCGAGGACAUGACGUCCAAUCAAUAUCCUACUUCCUAUGGCGAAGGGCUCAACUUUAGUGAACAGUGGAUAAGUCAGCUUCCUCCAGCAUUUUUAGGCCAUACGACGUCCUUUGGCCAGCAACCUCAACAGCCCUCCGUCUCGUCAAUGAACGGUUUGUCCGCCACAACCUUUCAGGAUGUCUUCACCUUUGGACAAAACAUGAUGCCGCCUCCACCUCCGCAACCAUCAUUGCAACUCCAACACUCGCAUCAACACCACCACCAACAACAACAACAACACCAUAAUAUACUAACACCGCACACACCGCACACACCGAUCGAUCAGAACGCACACGCAGAUGUUGCUGCAGUUCUCACAUCUCUCCACCAUGGACACCAAAAUGGACACUCGUCAAAUCUCAAUGGCGCAAGCCGCUCAACCGUUGUGCCUUCCCCACACAACGGUACUCCUAUCGAUCAAAUGAGGCCGCAAACUCGAAAUCAAAUUAGCCCCCAUCGACAUAGUCCUGGUAUUCAGAGGCAUACCCCGUCGAACGACCCCGAUGCAUUUUUUAGCGAUAUGAUGUUUGCACCACCGCACGGACUCUCCAACCAAGGGCAAAUCGAGUCACACGAGUUGCAAUGGGGUUCCGAUUCGAGCUUUGCCAGAGCACAAGGUUAUGCCCCCCCUGGACACGAAUCCAGUGAGCUUCUCGAACAAAAACGAUUAGGUGCUCUCAAGGUUUUCUCGAUCAGCGAAAGUGCCGCUACCACCCGGCCUUCAUCACCAGUAGGCAACGGAGAAAGCUCAUCUAAUUCUCGACGGGGCAGUAAUGUGAAUGGUCACGUGAAGGCGGAUUGUGACGAUCAUGGUCCACCAGCUAAACGCCGGAAGAGUAAGAGCAAAACAAAAGAAGAAACUGUGGAAGAAGUAGAGGAUCUGUCAUCCAUACCACCGAAAUCCACCGCCAGAAAACGUAAAUCGAAAGUCGACUUAAGAGUGACCCCAGAUACCCCAUCAGCAUCCCAAGAUACGCCAGGAAAACGGAGGAAGUCUACCGCAGCUUCGAAGCAGCAGCGAGAAAAUCUGACGGACGCUCAAAAGAGGGAAAACCACAUCAAAAGUGAACAAAAAAGAAGAGGGGCCAUUAAAGAGGGUUUCGAUGACCUCUGCGAGCUCGUGCCGAAUCUCAAGGGCGGUGGCUACAGCAAGAGUACGAUGCUUACAAUAGCAGGGGAAUGGUUAGAGACUCUACUAAAGGGAAACGAGGAAUUGGAACGAUUAUGAUCCCACCUAUAUUACCCAGCGGUGUUUUGGAGGUGUGCUUGUUUUUUCUUCCCACGCCCUCUUCUUUGAGCGUACGAACUCGACGAAGUGGUUGCUUGAGGAACCUGCGAUAUUAUCAUAUUUGCUUGCUAUAAGCCGGAGUUUGCUUGGCUGGAUUUUGGGUCACUACGAACCAGGCGAUGAACGAAAAUCAGAGGGG